AUGGUCAGAACCAAUGCGUUGAUGGUAGGUGUUUCCCUCUCAGCGAUGGUCAAAACUAGCGUGCUGAUGACUGGGGGAUUCUCUAUGCCUGGCACUUUCAUAGAUGUGCCUAUGCGAGGUGCCAUGGGACUACUCCUGAAGGCAAUACUGCUUACACUAGGUUAUAUUUACUUUGGAGCUAAAGCAGACAUCAAAGUUUGGGAUCCUUCUAUCGAAUCUGACGAUGAGUACAGUACUUCCCGAGUUAGUCUCCAAAGUGGUCCUUACUACGAUUUUGAAAGCAUAGAAUAUGGAUGGGCGGUAAAUCCAAGAGUGUAUAGGGAUAAGAAGACUCGAUUGUAUGUAUAUUGGAUCGUUGAUGGAUCAAAGGCAACAGGGUGCUUUGAUCUUACUUGCCCUGGUUUUGUUCAAACUGUCAAGGAAAUUGCACUUGGGAUUGCAAUUUAUCCCAUCUCAGUAGCUAAUGGCCUUCCAUACCAGAUAACUAUUUACAUAUUUAAGUAUGGAGAAAAAAUCAACGUGGGGUACUGGCCUCAUAACUUAUUUAGUUUGAUAAUUAGUGGUGCAGAAAGUGUAGAAUGGGGAGGUGAAGUUUACAGCUUAAAGUUGGGGCAAUCUCCCCACACUGCAACGGAAAUGGGAAAUGGAGAAUAUCCAAACCCAAUUUUCGGCGAUUCAGGUUACAUGAAGAGAAUGAGAGUUCUUGAUAAUUCUCGCAUCUUGAAGUUCCCGGAAUGGGUAUCUACUUAUGCAGAUGAGUACAACUACUAUGAUGUUUACUAUGUUUCAGAUUAUGUGUGA